UACCCGCCGGAUCUUGUGCCGCGCCGCCGCCCCCGCCUCCGUCGCCGUGGCCUUUCCAGCCAAGGGGAGAGAUGGUCCUAAGGAUUUCCUUCAUAUAAGCGACUUCGACAAGGAUACGAUCUUAAAGAUCCUUAAUCAAGCAGCAGAGGUCAAGGCAAUGUUGAAAUCAGGAGACAGAUCUUUCCAACCAUUUAAAGGAAGGACAAUGGCUAUGAUAUUUGCUAAGCCAUCAAUGAGAACACGUGUUUCAUUUGAAACCGGAUUUUUCUUGCUUGGCGGGCAUGCCGUUUACUUAGGGCCUGAUGAUAUCCAGAUGGGCAAGCGUGAGGAGACCCGUGAUGUUGCUCGCGUGCUUUCGGGAUAUAAUGACAUCAUCAUGGCCAGAGUUUUUGCUCACCAGGAUAUUCUGGACUUGGCAGCAUAUGCUUCAGUGCCAGUUAUAAAUGGGCUAACUGACUACAACCACCCAUGCCAGAUAAUGGCUGAUGCACUUACCAUUAUUGAACACAUCGGUCAUUUGGAAGGAACAAAGGUCGUUUAUAUUGGAGAUGGGAACAACAUCGUGCACUCGUGGCUUCUGUUGGCAUCCAUAGUGCCUUUCCACUUUGUUUGCGCUUGUCCACGUGGGUUCGAGCCAGACGAGAAAACAGUGGAGAAGGCGAGGAGCGCUGGAAUAAGCAAGAUCGAGAUAACAAACGAUCCCAAGGAAGCAGUAAAGGGAGCGGAUGUGGUGUAUUCAGAUGUUUGGGCUAGCAUGGGCCAAAAGGAUGAGGCUGAAUACAGAAAACAGCGGUUCCAAGGAUUUCAGGUGGAUGAAGCCCUAAUGGAGAUUGCAGGCCCAAAGGCCUAUUUCAUGCAUUGCCUGCCGGCCGAAAGAGGGGUGGAAGUGACCGAUGGCGUCAUCGAGGCCCCGAACUCAAUCGUCUUUCCCCAGGCCGAGAACCGUAUGCACGCGCAGAACGCGAUCAUGCUCCACCUGUUCGGCCUCUGAAGAAAAAAAAAAAAAAAGAAAAACGAGGAAAGAACAAGAAAAUAAAAUGCCGUGGUUGUAUCCUUGGCAUCAAACAGGGGAAACUGUGAUCGUGCAACAUGUGGUUGUACCAUCAAAGUUGGUUUCUCCAUAGACGUUAGAAGGAGGGGCAACUUUUACCUGAACUCGGCAUCAACAUCUUCACCAGGUGUAGUUGCACAAACUUCUAGCUUUCUAUUUAUGCCGAUAAUCAAGUGUUCGAGAUUGUUGACGGUGCUGGAGAUGAUACUUUGCCUCGAGCUUGGUGAAUCAAAUGUUAGUUGCUUCCUUUGUCGCGAAUUUUAUCUUCUUCUUCUUCAUCUUCAAAAGCUCCUUCUAUAUGCAA